AUCUAUUAAAAAUGUCAAACAAGAGACUAAAAUUUCUGUAAACCUUUCCCCGUUACAGCAACCUCAAACAAAUAAAUCACUUCAAAAAGAACUCUGAAAUCAGUUUAAAAAAAACUUUCUUUUUGCCCUUAGAAAAAAUGUGCUAUAGUUUUUUUUAUAACUUGAUCUUUUCGUCCAAUGGAUCGGCGGCUGAGCAUGUUUAGUCAUUUGGGAGCAUGCCGUCUAGCGCCAUCUGUCAUUGAAGCCGGAGAGGAGAGAUCACGUGACAUACCAGAGCACAAGAGCCAAUCGAUAGAAGCACAUCAGCAGAGGCCAACGCAACACACACAGAAAAGGGAAACGACAAACAAAAGGAUGAAAACAGAGAAAGAAAAGUGUUAAACGAAAGAGCAUAACUCAUUUAGAGAAAAGAAAUAACAGACAAAAAAAGAUAUUAAAAGGGCUCAUGGUGCUGACAGCAAUAAUGGUGAUGUCACGAGGAGGCGGAGCAGGGCCCUUUCCCAGAUAGUUUUGUAACCACGGCGAUAGUGGCCUCCACUGUCCUGUAGAGCAUUUCCAGCGUGUCCGGAGGCGGGGCCGAGUUUGUCAGAGCCUGCGAGGGGGCGUGGCUACUGCACCCUGGGACCUCUGGCCCCUCUCCUGCUAGCCCCAGGGCAGAUGGGAAGGCCAGGUCCUCCGAGGCCAGGGCGGCCGAGCCUGGUGACUGUGGCCUCUGACCUUUCUGAUGUCACGGAGGACACACAGCUUGAACUCACUGCAAUGGCAAAGGACAGCGGGAUGCCUCCUCUGAACUCCACAGUCAAUGUCCAGGUCUUCCUGAUGACUGUCAGCCUUGGAGUGGACGUGGCCUUUGAGAGCUCCUCCUACAACUUCAGCGUUCCGGAGAACGAACCAAAAGGGAGACUCGUGGGGACAGUGAAGGCAUCACCAGGGAGCCCCGUGUUUGUGGUUACUUAUGUCCUGACCACGCACAUGGACCUUUUCUCAGUCGAUGCCCUGGGAGCCCUCACCACCAAAGAGCCGCUAGACAAAGAGACUGAGGAGUGGUACAUCCUGGAGGUGGAGGCAAUGGAUUCCAGGACUCCCCCUACUUCUGCCGUCGCAAUGGUCAGGGUACAGGUGGAAGAUGUGAACGAGGCCCCAGAGUUCAAGGAAGAGACUUAUGAAGCCAAGAUCUUCAGCAUUGCCCCAUACAAAUACCCUGUGGUCCAAGUUCAGGCCACAGACCCAGACAGUGGUGACAGCGGGCGUCUGGACUACAGUCUGACUGAGUCCAGCUCGUCUUUCGACGUGGACCGUUCCACGGGCCAGGUGUACGUGGUGUCAGCGGUGGGAUUAGAAGGAAAGACGACCGUCCUGGUGAAGGCCACAGAUCCUAAAGGACUCCAUGCUACAACCAGGAUGGAGGUGAGUGGUGACAACAGUGUACUGUACAUAUGGUAA